CAGUUUAAACGGACCGUCAGUUUUAAUCGCAAAUAUUUCCAAAGGCAGAGCGGAGGGUAGUGCCUUGAACACGAGUUUGUGGACCAUUUAUGCUAUCGACGUCAGUAGGCCUCUAGACGGCAGAGCGCUGGAUAAGAGCAAGUUGAUGGUACAUUAAGAGACUGAAUAAGCGGAAAUGUCGGCUCUGGGAAUGCCUCCGCACCUCCUGGUGCUUUUUCAGGCCCGUCCUCCACUCGAGUACGUUGAGCCCAUGCCGGAGAAACCAAAGCGCAAGAUCGACGGCCUAUCGGAUUUCACAUCCUUCCUAACAAAGGACGAAGAACGACCGCAGGUGGUACCGUUUGAAACCCCCAAGAUGAGGAGGGACAGAAAGAAGAGGAAGAGGCUCACAGAGCAUAUGCAGGACCUGAAAAAGAGGAUUGAAAAGUACGAUCCGAACUACGACCCCCGUUUAGCUCGCGGCUCUUCUACGCCGUUCCUCACACAUGACCCUUACAAGACUUUGUUCGUCUCAAAUAUCGCAUACGAGGUCACAGAACGACAGCUGUGGAAAGAGUUUGAAGUUUACGGCAGGAUCCGUCGCAUAAGAAUGAUAUACGAUCAAGACAACAAGCCGAGAGGCUAUGCUUUCAUCGAAUUCGACUCCGAGAGGGACAUGGUCGCCGCCUACAAGAGGGCAGACGGCAGGAAAAUCUCCGGCAGGAGAGUAGUUGUGGACGUUGAGAGAGCGAGAACCGUCGAGGGUUGGCUCCCGAGGAGACUGGGAGGAGGAAAGGGUCCGUCCAGAGGGGCUCCGCCAAAGUUCUACGACGGAAAGCCUCUGAACCCAGACGCUAACUAA